AGAUCCGGUAGGCGACAACCUAAAACGCCAGAAACCCGAGUUUAAACAGACGCUGCCAUUGUGACCACCAUCAGGUUUCAUUUCUGUGGUUUCGUUGAUUUGCCUUGAAGCGAGUCGUGGACGAGUCGCUCUCAGUUUCCAGCCUGGAAAAAGAGAUUGUUCAGGCAGCGCCUGUGGGACCCGAGAGCCAGAGAGAUCCUGGCUUCUGAGACAGCCAUCCAAGAAAUUCAGGAGGAGCUGACAGUUUCUGUGUCCCUAACCAUCCUGUGGCUGGACCCAGCAUGUCACAGGCCACCAAGAGGAAGCAUGUGGUGAAGGAGGUGCUAGGGGAGCACAUGGUACCCACUGACCGGCAGCAGAUCGUGAGGGUACUCAGGACCCCAGGGAACAAUCUGCAUGAGGUGGAGACGGCCCAAGGGCAACGCUUCCUGGUAAGCAUGCCCUCCAAAUACCGCAAAAACAUCUGGAUCAAAAGAGGAGACUUUCUCAUUGUUGACCCCAUUGAAGAGGGAGAAAAGGUGAAGGCUGAGAUCUCCUUUGUGCUUUGCAAGGACCAUGUGCGCUCUCUGCAGAAGGAGGGGUACUGGCCUGAGGCCUUUUCUGAAGUGGCUGAGAAGGGCAGCAGCAACAGGAACAGACAGACUCAGCCAGAACUCCCAGCUGAGCCACAGUCAUCAGGAGAAGAGUCUGGCUCUGAAGAUGAUUCUGACCUCUUUGUCAACACCAACCGCAGGCAGUAUUAUGAGAGUGAGGAGGAAAGUGAAGAGGAAGAGGCCGCUUGAGACCUGAGACCCACUUCUCUGCUUGCUCAUGGACUAGUCUCAGGCUCCCCUGGGCUUGGUCCCAGGGUGCCCUGCAGAUCUGCACUCUUGGAUGGGGACAAGGCACAGCCCCUCCCUGAACUGUCCUGACUUAGGUGAAUUAAACCCCUGGUGGGUGGUGACUUGUA